CAGCAUGCCACAUCAUUUAAAAUACUAAUUAAAAAAUUAAUGAGCAAACCCAAUUCAACGAACCCACCCGCCCAAAUUCUUGAGACAACUCCUCUCCCAACGACCGCCGCCUCACCCACGGCAUUUCCGUCAACUUCAACUACCAAUUCGCCCACGCCGACGAUGAUGAACUCAAUCCUUCCAUUGUCUUCGUCUCCGAGCGAACCGGCUGUUCUCGAAUUUAGCAGAUUGCAACCGGCUAUGAAAUCCCCAAACCACUACCACCUCGGCAGUUGCCGUCUGGCGAUAGUCUUUUCGCCCUCCCCUGACGAUCGACCCCCAACUUCAAAACCCAUAUCUCUCAGACACUCUCUCUCGUCCAUACUCUUCUUAAUUAGAGACCUCAAUUCCCCCAACGCUAAAAACAAUCAAGCAAUCAAAUCCCUCACAUCUCAGGUUUUCUAAUUUUCCCCCCUUCCUGUGAGCAUAAACCCUUAAACCUCUGUUAAAAUUAAUUUGGCGUAAUACUGUGGUUGUUUGUGGCAGCUUCGGGACAUGGUGCUGAAGACCUCGGGAGCAUACAAGCAUUGCGCGCUGUGCACGACGGGUACGGGGCCGACGACGAACGACAAUCAUCAGAGCCUGCUCAAGACGAACCCAGGUGUUUCUGUCGCGAAGAAUUUGGGUGGGUGAGUAUAGAAUUAGGGUUUUCGAUUGGGUUAUCAGUUCAAAUUGAAUUUGAUUAUUAAUUUUUUAAUUAAUAUUUUAAAUGACGUGGCGUGCUGACUGGACGAAAGUAACAGUCUUUUGCAUGGAGAUAGACGGAAUUACCUUUUUGUUAUUAGUCCAAACAUUUGUUACUGAAACGUGCAAAAUUAAAGGUUUAUUACUGUUUUGUACAAACGGUAUAGUUUUGUGACCAUUUAUGAUAAUUAGCCACCCUAUGUUUCCAUCUACCCUAUGUUUCCAGAAUCACUCCCGGUGUCUGUUUGCAAUUUGAUUGACAGGAUUAAUUGGCAGUUUGUGUGGGGUGAAGAAGAGGGUCGAACUAAAUUCCACCCUAUUAGGGAUGGCAAAAAUAUCCGUAAUCGUGGAUAUCCGCCCGAACCCGAAGGACAUUUAGUGGGUACGGGUAAAACCCGAACCCGAAUAUUGCGGGUAAUGGGUGGGCAUGGGUUUCUCAGUAUCCAACACGAACCCGCCCGAUUAUACACAUACAUAUGUAUUUUGUCUAGAAAUAGUCAUUAUUUUUCUCUAACAUAUUUUAUAUUUAGCAUAUAAAUAUAAUAUUUUCAUGAAAUUGUGUUGUUUUAAUUAAUUUUCUUCAUUCUAGUGAAUUAUUGUCAUACUUUUCCUCUUGCGUAAUGUGAGAAUACGUGUGAAUGUUAAUAUAUUAGUUGGAGUUAUGAAGAGAAAUCAUUACCCAUGGAUAACCGUGGAUACCCGAAACCCGAACGGGUAUGGGCAUGGUUUUAAUUUUCUACCCGUUUCAUAUGUGGGUAUGGGUAUGGGUAAAACCCGAACUACUUUGGGUAGGGUAACGGAUAUGCACUAUCCGUCCCCGACCCGACCCAUUGCCAUCCCUACACCCUAUAGCUUGGGAUCAACUAACUCUACCUCGCAGCCAAGGUGGAGCGGGAAUCAGGCCAACUCGUGCUACCAAUCAAGCUAUGCUGGCAAAAGGCAGCUGGAGACUAGUUACCGAUGAUCACACACUAUGGACAGAAGUGAUAAAGAACAAGUACGCCCGCUCGAGGGACGGUUUGGAAAUCCUCACCAAAGCAAAGGGAAGUUCUUUUGCUUGGCGUAACUUCGCCUCUGUCUUAGAUGUGGUCAAGAAAUGCUAUGUUUUUAAUAUCUCAAAUGGUAGAAGAGCUAAAUUUUGGACGGAUCCGUGGGUUUUGCAAGUUCCACUAGCGGAGCUUGCUAUAACGAAGAUUGACGCGGACAAACUGCACAGCAGGGUGGCGGACUACUGGGAUGCAGAUCAGGGGUGGAAAGUGGAGGAAUUUGAGUCAGUGAUGCCAUCAAGCAUCAUCACUAAGAUUAGAGCUGUGAUGGUGGAUCCUCUGGCUGCAGAAGAUGAUCGCCCAAUCUGGAAUUUAACUUCAACAGGGAAGUUCACAGCUAGCUCUGCUUGUAGGUCACUUGUUCCUCAAAGUUCAGAUCAGCAAACCAUUUGGCAAAAGGUUUGGAAGCUACAGGUGCCUGAGCGGGUACGAAUGUUUAUUUGGAUGACAAUGAAAGGAAAAUUAACCACCAAUGCUAUUCGCAAAUACAGACACCUCACCCAUGACGAUUCUUGCCCGGAGUGUGAAGGCCUUCCUGAAACACACCUCCACUGCUUGAGGGACUGUGAAAUAACGAAAAGAGUGUGGAGGAAUGUGGUGCCAAGUGAAAGCCAAUCAGAGUUUUUCAAUUGCAAUUAUGAGACAUGGGUGAUGUCUAAUGUUGCUAAUGAUUCGCAGGGUAACGGGAGAGGAAAUUGGGCCUCCUAUUUCAUCCUGGUGUUAUGGUACAUUUAGAAAUGCCGGAAUGACGGAGUCUUCAACGACAUCAAGCUCUCCCACUCGACGAGGCUCAAUUAUGUCACAGCCAAAGCGAAUGAAUGGUUGAAAACUUGGGACGCAACUAGCGCAAGACUUGAUCUUAACUCCAAGCCUGCAAGAACUGAGACCCUGAUAGGUUGGGUAGCUCCACCCACAGGAUGGUGGAAGCUCAAUACUGACGGGGCUGCUCAAAGUAAUCCUGGUAUGGCCACUACAGGAGGUGUCCUGCGGAAUUGUUGGGGUGACUGGAUUAGCGGUUUUUGUAGCAAGCUUGGCACAACUCGGCUCUCCUUGCCGAACUGUAGGGCAUUUUACAAGGCCUUCAGCUUGCUUGGCGAAAGGGAGCUCAGUUUCUCAUCCUUGAAUCUGAC